GGAGUUGGACUGAGCUCCUAUUUAUCCCUUCCAAAAUACUAGUACCUCCAUAUAUACUAAGCUAGUCUUCGACCUGUAAACACUAUUUUUUAAGAACAAAAAUCAUGGACGUCGCCUCCGAUCCGAGUCUCGACGCGGGAGAUCGUCGUGAUCGAGUUUAUCCUCCGGCUACGUCCGGCGGAAAACGGAUUGUCAACGAGAUGGAUUUCUUCUCUAGCAAAAGUCACUUGAAUUCCAAGAGAACUUUAUGGGUUGAUGUCAAGAACGAGAGUAGAGCACAUGUUCACGGGAUGCCACCAGGAUACGAAAUCGAUACUGGUUUAAAUCUUCUCACCACCCCAACGGAUAGUGAUAAAUCCGUGGUUGACGAUGAAACAUCACCUCACAUUAAAGAGAAGCGAAAUCAAAGCAAUAAGUUAUCAGUAUUGCAAGCAGAGGUUAAUAGGAUGAAAACGGAAAAUCAAAGGUUGAGAAGCAUGGUUAAUCAUGUGACCAACAACUAUUAUACCUUACAGCUGCAAAUUGCAUCAAUGAAGCAGCAGCAACAGAUCGAGAGAAUUACCAAGACAGGAGAAGAAAGACAGAUGAUAGAUGGAAUAGUACUAGAGGAGAAAAGGUCUGGAGGAGCCAUGGUAGCUAGACAAUUCAUUCCCGAAAAAUAUGAGCAAUCGGUGGAAAGAACAAGUCGCGGUCGUUGUGGAUACCGCGGCCAUGAAGAGAGCCCUGAAAUUGCAUCUCAAGAUUGGGUUCAAAACAAAGUGCCUAAGCUUGAUACUUCCAAGGAUUGCGACCAGGCCGCGGAUCAGGCUGCGAUGAGGAGAGUCCGUGUCUCGGUUCGUGCACGUUCCGAGGCACCUAUGAUCUCGGAUGGAUGCCAAUGGAGAAAAUACGGGCAAAAGAUGGCAAAAGGAAACCCGUGCCCUCGAGGUUACUAUCGUUGCACCAUGGCACUUGGUUGUCCAGUCCGCAAGCAAGUGCAAAGGUGUGCAGAAGACCGAACCAUCUUAACAACCACCUACGAAGGCAAUCACAACCACCCCCUCCCUCCGGCUGCCAUGAUGAUGGUAUCGACAACCUCAGCCGCAGCCUCAAUGCUACUCUCCGGUUCAACCUCCAGCUCAGACCACCACGGCGGGCUCCUCAACACCACGCCAAUCCUCCCGUACACCACCCCGCACUUCACAACGAUAUCGGCCUCGUCGCCUUUUCCCACCGUCACGUUAGACCUCACCACCAGCACUCCCAACCCCUCGCUUUUUACGAGACCGCCACAAGGCCCCUUCGGCCACAUCCAUUUUCCAAACCAGAAUCUGGCCUCUGGGCCACAGAAUCUUGGCCAACAGGCUUUGUACAACCAGACUAGUAAAUUCUGCGGGCUUCAGAGCUCUCGGGAAAUGAUGAGCGCUGCGGGCGCGGCUAUCACGGCGGACCCGGAUUUGACGGCGGCUUUGGUAGCGGCUAUUGCUUCCGUUAUGGGAAAUGUGAGCCCACACAAUAAUAUUAGUAGCAACAGCAAUGCUUCGCACUAAUAAAUUGGUAUCAGACUAUCAGGUGCCGUUUUGAUUUGGCGUCUUGUUUGCUUAAAAUCUCGUCGAAUCUGAUACCAAUUUCUUGGCGUGUAAUUUGCAUAAUACGUACAAACCCGAGUUUUGUAGAUAUUCGACAAGUGCGUUGCUAUCUUUGUCGUUCUUUUUUUUUUCCCAAUAUAUUGUACGGAGUAUACAUCAAUAGGGUUAGCGGGGUGUUAAUAGAUUAGUUAACAAGAAGUUUCAAAGAUUUUUCAUAGCCUUGAAUCCCAAACGCUUACGAUGGGGCUCGAACUCUGGCCUCCAAGAUCCACGAAAUAUACCAACUGGACUAGAGCUCAUUAGCGCCAUAUUUUUCGUUCAUGUAAGUAAAAUACAGGCCUUUAGCCCUUUUUCUCUCAUUUCAUGUAAGUAAAUGGACAACAGCCUGUAAAAAUUGCGUUAGUUUUGUGCGUAUAUUGGAUCGGAAUUUUAAUUG